AAACAUCCAUCCAGAAGGAACGGGACACGGAGCGAGAAAGAAGGAGAGGCAGGAAGGCGAGGAAGGGAGAGGUAGCUAAACACUAUCUGAACCAGCCUGACACGGAGGACGGCGCCGUAAACACUGCUAUAAAAAGGCAGAGGAGAUCCACAUAAGGACCCGUCGACCGUUUUUCCUGCCAACACUAACGUCUACUUUUUCUGUCUGUCGUGAAACUUCAUCGAUUUUUAGCAGCAAUGGCCCAAGAGACGAACCAGAGCCCGGUGCCCAUGCUUUGUGCCACAGGCUGCGGUUUCUAUGGAAACCCAAGAACCAAUGGUAUGUGCUCUGUAUGCUACAAGGAACACCUGACACGGCAGCAGAGCAGUGACCGUAUGAGCCCCCUCAGUCCUAUGGGUUCAGCUGCUAGUCCUACCUCAGAGGCUUCUGCUAUCCAGAGACUAGAAGCCAGUCUAGCCAAGGUUGAUGCCUCUCCUGCCUCUUCGCCAGGCAUGUCUAGAACUGUUCAAGGAUCUCUCCCUGUGACUCAACAAAUGACAGAGAUGAGCAUCUCAAGAGAGGACAAAGCAGAACCCCUAGAACCUGUUGUAAGCCAGCCUGCUGCUUCUAGCCCUGCCCCAGUAGCCUCUUCCUGCAGUGAAGAAAACAAGGGAGACACCCCCAAACCCAAGAAGAACAGAUGCUUCAUGUGCCGCAAGAGGGUGGGCCUUACAGGGUUUGACUGUCGCUGUGGCAACCUGUUCUGUGGCAUCCAUCGGUACUCUGACAAGCACAACUGUCCCUAUGACUAUAAAGCUGAGGCUGCUGCCAAGAUCCGUAAAGAAAACCCAGUGGUGGUGGCUGACAAGAUCCAGAGAAUAUAAGUUUGGCAAAACAACAGUGGCAGCGAUGACAACAACACCUUUGACACCUUUGGAAAAAGACUGGAGUAUGAGUGCGAACCUUUUGAGAUGAUCACUGGCAUGAGUGGCUAAGUGAGGAUUACAAGGACUUGAUUUACAAAAUUGCAACCUCAAGAAAAAAGAAGAAAAAAAUCCAGAAAAGAUCCUGUCUGAGGGAGAUGCAUGAAUGAUCACUUUUCUCCUCUUUUGAUUAAUUCAUUAGUUUGUUUUAUCCUAUUUUCUGUGGUGUGACUUUACCGCUGUUCAGUCCUUUUUUUAAGAAUAUGUAUCGUCUUAUUAAGAGCAGCCCAGGGUAACUGUCCAGGAUAUGCUGUGCUCCUCUCACCCAAACCAGGCGCCAUUUUGUGCCAAACCGUAGACAGCCAUUUCACCCAUGACCCCGUCACGUGUCAGAUAUUGGCGGGUCUUUCAAAGCAUUCAGACGACACAUUAAGAGUCCGCACGCGUUUUUAACUUCUUGUACUGUGUCCGUUGGUACUGGAGUCAGUCAACAUUUUGGAGAACCGUACAACUGUCCCCUACUGUGCACAAGGGGCUUUGUUACUUUGUCUCUGUCUUUCCUAGCUUUACCUACCUCACAGCUGCUGUGUUAAGCUUUGUUGUUUUCCCCUUUUCCUUCAUGUGUUUUCAUCAGCUUUGACCCCAGCAAAAUAAUGGGUCAUCUCACUCUAUCCACUCUUAAAAGUCGGCCUCGAUGACCCUCUGAUCAGCAUGUCGGUGUUGACUUUGAUCGGUCUGAUUGUGACGAGGCUGUUUUGAAAUGGUUGGAGGUAUCUGCUAGACAGGGACAACGGUUUAUUCCGCAGUUUACUGAAUCUAAAUAUUCACAAUGGACGCUAUCAGUAAAGGAGUUCCACAGAUUGUAAUCACAGAUGCCUGGUGUAGGGCUGUGUGUACUGAUGUAAGUGGCCUGGGUGGAGGUGUUGCACCCUUCUCUGGCAGGCCUGGUAGGUGGGUUUAGGCUACUUUUGUGUAAGGGGCAUGAAUGAUCGGGAUAAAUGCAUGAGUUACUCUUAAUCAGCAUUAGUAUUUCAGGAAUAAUGUAAAAGAAUUUGGCAUCACUCAACUAGAGUUUCAGACUUUUAUUUGCUGAAAGACAAUGUUAUGUUCUAUUUGUUAUUUUUUUUCCUUUUCCAUUGAUAUUGUACUGACGUUAGCGCAUGUAUUCAGUGCAUUUGUGGAAUUAGGGUAUGUGAACCAUAAUUUUUUUUCUUUUUUGUUUUUUUUUAAGGCGCUAACAGAACGUUCAUGUGAGCACAGAGUGUGUGUGGGAGUGUUGUCCCCUAACCCUAUUGUCUGUGGAGCUACCCGGUUUAUCAGCACAUGUUUACAGAACUACAGGAGCAUGCCAGAGCUAGAUUUACAAAAAAAUAAUAGAUACCAAGAUUAGAUGUAACUUCUCAUCCGUCUAACAGCUAUCGGUCUGUGUGUCUGCUAUAGAGCACUGUAGAGACGUGUGCGUGUGUGUAUUUGUGCGAGUGCAUGUGCACAUAUCUGUGCAAAGUGUGUUUUCAUGGCUGCCUGAACACAUUGAAACCCAUGUAUGUUUGUGACUUGUGUUGAUCCCCCCUUUUCUCCCCUGUAAGGAUGUUUUUCAUUUACAAAACAAUUGUAUGUAUCCGUUUGAGUUUUUGAUUCUUAGUUAUAUGCAAAUUUGUACAAAAAAUUAAAAAACAACAAACUGUGUUGAUAUUUAUGUAUUACAUAUAAUCUUGCUAUCCAGCAUUACAACAGAAUAGUAUCAUGUAAAUAAAACUGUACAGAGAGACAUUA